CGUCAACAUAAAUAAUGUGGACUACGGUGCACAGCGUAGCAGGUUUUCUUGAUUCGAAACAAAUGGUAGCUGGGAUGAAUAGGCAGACAAACUGACCAUGUUUGAGAAGCUGGUAACGAGGGUGAUCAACAACUACUUUGGAAAAUACAUCCAGAAUCUUGACUCCAGCAACCUUUACAUCAGCUUGCUUGGAAAUGCAGAACUUACAGAUCUGCAGCUUCGACCAGAAGCACUGGCUCAGCUGGAUUUACCCAUUGAAGUAAAGGCUGGAUAUAUAGGUCACAUGAAAAUUGACAUUCCAUGGACGAACCUAUUCUCUGCCGAUGUGAACGUGUUUCUGGAAGACGUGUACAUCUUGGCUGGCCCGGUUACAGACCGGCAGUAUGACCCUCAGAGAGAGCGGCUACUACAGAAUGCCGUCAAGCGGCAGAAACUAGAGGCCCUCGAUAAAUCCGCUGUGGAGGCGGCAGUUGAAAGUACAGAAGAAGAACCAGGAUUUUAUGAGAAACUUAUGACCAACUUUGUGAACAGACUACAGCUGUCAAUUCGGAACAUUCACAUCCGCUAUGAAGACACUAUCACGAACGCUGACCACCCGUUUUCAUGCGGCAUCAUGCUGAAGCAAAUCGCCAUCCACUCAACAGACGCGAAGUGGAAUCCACUGAAAGGAGACGCGGCAUCAUCCAAUUUUAUGCACAAGCUUCUGCGACUGGAAAACUUGGCAGUGUACUGGAACCCCUACAUUCCUGAGCAGCACCUUCUGAAGACCAGACUUAAUAAUGAUGGAUGGAGGAAUCUGUUAAGGAUGUCAAUUGAUUCUCACAGCAUACUCCAAGAAGAGUUUGAUUUCAUUAUUGAGCCGGUGACCGCACAAGCACGAGUCAUCAUUAGCACGGAGAACAAUAGCCUUCCCAAGAUGUUUGCAGACUUCACAUUGGAGGAAAUAGAAGUGCUACUUUCUAGACAACAGUUUCUCAACCUGCUGGCUCUGCAUGAAUCGUUUCAAAUGAUGCGAGUUAACCAGCGAUACCGAAAAUACCACCCAAAUGUUCCGCUCAAGGUUAGCCCAAAGUCGUGGUGGUUGUACGCGUAUACGGCCAUUUUGGAAGAGGUGAUUCGGCCAUAUUCAUGGGAGAGAAUCAAAGAACACAGACUGAAGUACAAGAAGUACAAGGACCUGUACAAGAAGAGUCUUGAGAAGCCGGACAACGAAUCAAUCCGCAUUUCUCUCUGGGAGCUUGAAGAGAGUCUCAACGUCGCAAACAUCCUCGUUGCUAGGGAACACGCCAAAGUGGAGUUCAUACACGAAACACCUGAAAGAGCCAAACGGGUUAAGAAGAAGAAAAAGACUGGCUGGUUCGGUUCGUGGUUUGGAUCGAGUACCUCGGAUGAAGAAGAAGUGGAUAUUGAAAAACCAGACAAACAUAACUGGCUGGCUGGUUUGAGUAACGAGGAGAAGGAGAAGCUGUAUCAGGGAGUUGGAUACGACCUGAAUGCCAAUAUGACUGCUAUGUCACCUGAGUAUGUGAAACACAAAAUCCAGAUAAUUCUGAAGAGCUGCUGCCUGUCGCUGGUCAACUACAGUAAAAAGAUUCUGCAGGUGUCGGUCACUCACAUGUUGGCUACAUGGGAGGACCGCCCCGCCACUGGUGCAUUCAGAAUAUCCUCCAACACUGAAAGUUUUUCCAUAGAGGGUGCCUCCAUAGAGCAUGAACUGAUCCCCAUCUUAACGUCAGACAUUGGAGUAUAUGAAAUGGGUGUUUUAUCGCCAUCAGUGAACCAAGUAUUUACCCUGGACUUCGAGGUGAAGCCGUUGUAUGUGGACGCUGAUUAUUCCCUUAGUCUCAGUCUGCAGCCCGUGGAAAUAGUCUACGAUGAGCAUUCCCUGUCAGAAGUCUCAGCAUUCUUUCAAGUUCCUCAUGGAAGUAUUGAUAUGAAAUCUGCUGCCAUGGAAACCUUGCAAGGAGUAGCCACCUACAGUCGUGCCGGACUGCAGUAUGCCAUUGACAAACACAAGACUGUUCAUGUUGCUAUUAACAUGCGAUCUCCAUACAUCGUCGUGCCAGAAUUUGGAACCCUGCAUAGGGGAGGUAAUGUGCUAGUAGCAGAUUUUGGGACAUUACGGGUAGACAGCGAGCUGCAGCCAAAGGAUGUUUCCCUCGAGGAUGCGACAAUGUCGGAAAUUGAGUCUCGAUUAUAUGAUCAGUUCAACAUCAAACUGAGCGAGGUGAAAAUCUUACUUGCAGACUCAGGUGACGACUGGCACACCGCUCAGACCCAGCCGGACUCUGAGUACCACAUACUGCCCAGUGUCCAGCUGGUGGUGGCCUUCUUCAACGCUGUGAAGAUGGACUAUAAACAGUUACCACAACAGAAGUUGGUGGCCAGUCUUCCGACACUGAAGUUGAACAUCUCCGACAAGAAGUUGUUGCUGCUGAUGUCAUUUCUCCGCAAUUUUCCCGUUCCAACCAGCACCAGUGCCAUGACUCUUGGUGAGGACAUGGUCGACAGCAUCGUCAUGAUGCCCACAGUCUCACUGGAUCUGACAGAAUGUCAACUGGAACCAGAUAUCAUUGGAUUACGUCGCAUCCGGCGCUCAAUACUGGGUAGAAGAGUGACUACCCGGGCUAAAAGUAAACUCGUACCUCAGACUUCAAAAGAUGUUCUGCCAGCUGAUGAAGUUUACUACUCUGCAUCAGACCAUUCUGAUGAGGAAGUUGAGGAGUGGUCAGACUAUCUGAGGAUCAAACCAGUGGAUGACAACAUGUACUCAUCGAACUCGGUGAAGAUUCUCAUGCGGAUGACACUCGGUGAAUUCGUUAUCAAUCUGUCGAAGGUGAUGGACAAACACGAAGCGCCGUACCUGAUGUUCCGUGUCAAUCGACUGCGCAUCGACUCCUCUCUCACAGUGUUUGGGUACGGGGUGCACACAACACUUGGAGGAAUUCAGCUCGUUGACAAAAUACACACAGGAUCGGCUGGAGAGUAUAUGGAGAUGCUGGGAACCAAUUCAGACACUGACCUUAUCUCGGUCCUCUACAGAAACGUGAGACCGGAGUGUCCUGACUUUGACAAGGGCUAUGGAAGCGUGGAACAUGCGAUUCUACUCAAGUUCAGCAACAUGACAGCCCUCUUCGACCAGGCCAGCUUGAUAUACCUCAACACCUUCAUACAGGGAAUUUUCACCAGCAUGCAAAACAUUGACAUGAAGACGAGUACAAGCACUGUGACCUCAGAACUGAUUCACAAGGACAGACCGUCCCUCACGGAGAGACUGACGUCCAUCACUGACGAAGUUGACAACCUGCCCCUACGCAGUAUAAAAAUGAACAUGGUGGCUCAGCUGGAAACAUUCAGCGUCAGACUCUGUGAUUCUGAGAACAACUUUGCUCUUAUUGAUGUCAAAGGAUUUCAAGGUCAUGCCUUAGUGAAAGGUACUAAGACAACAGUGCGAUGCCGUCUGAAGGAUCUCUCUGUACAGGACUGCUCAGUGGGAGCAAUAUACCCGAAGAUUUUGAUGAUAGAAGAUGAAAACUGCUUUGACCUAAAGUGUGUGAAGUUCAACAAGUCGUUUGAGGGUCAGAUGGACAAUAAACAGAAGAGUCAGGGAUUGGACUACAGCAUUCGACUCCGUGUGGGGCAACUCCAGAUGGUCUACCUCAGCAAGUUCUACUGGGAACUCAUUAGAUUCUUUGAACCAUUCAUCAACAGUGAGAUGACAGAGGCUGCCAAAGCAGCUGCCAUGGAAACUAUGACACGACAGUAUGAUGACAUAAAGUUUCAGAACAUUCGUAUCAAUCUGAAUGUUGAUCUCCGAGCACCGACUGUGUUGAUACCCCAGCACUCCAAGUCAACGGAGAUGUUUCUCCUGAACCUGGGAGAUCUGUCUAUCAAGAACUACUUCCACUUCUCCGAGUUGCCCCCCGACAUGAAGCAGGAGUGGAACCACAUCUAUAUGAAUCUCAACCACGUGCAGAUGAACAGAGUGAAUUUGUGUCUUGCUGAUGAUGUGGUCACCGUUCUCCACAACAUCAUAGAACCGAUCAGCUUCAAAGCCGAUGUUCAGGUGGCUCUGAAACCCGUUGUGUCUGACGUAAAACUGGACAUCUCAGGUCACCUCAACAAGAUAAAGCUGAACAUUGUGUCCAAAGAUCUCCAGCUGCUGUUGGCUAUUUUCAAAGAAAACCUAACAGAAGGUGCUCCACAACAUACUUCAGGGAUAUACGAGUCUCCGACGAUGCAGCAGAUAAUUCCCCAGAUAAGUCUGGACGCGGCGACACCCAUCAGUGAUACGAAACACAGUUUGGAGGACAUGGGGGAGAAAUCAUCAAUCAGCGUUCUCUUCCGCCUCGACGGGUUGUCGGCGACACUGUAUGAGCAGAGUUCUCCUGAAGAAGGUUCACUGAAAGGCAGUCUUUGUCACAUGGAAAUAGAGAGACUCAGUCUGAACAUGAUCAGUCACAGUGACGGGGACAUCAAGUCGAACUUCGCUCUCCAGUCCAUCACUAUUGACGACAGCCGGCCAGACAGUGAUCUUGCAGUUAAAAGAAUUUUGUACUGUGCCAGUAAGAAAAGCAUGAAGGAUGAUCUUCCACUGAUGUCCCUCAUAUACAAGAUCAGUAGCGACGGCAACCAGAAAGCCGACUUGAUGCUUGAGAAGAUUCGUCUCAACAUCCACGUUCCGUACAUGAUGGUUCUGUGGAGGUUCUUCCAGGAAGUGUUCGGGGAGUCAGGCGAUCUCAACCUAUACUCCAUGGAAGCCUCGUCAACAUCAUCGACUGGCCUGCCUGACCACACAACGCUGUCAACAACAUCUCUCAACAUCUACGGAACCUGCAAACAGCCUGAGAUCGUCUUGUUUGCCGACCAGACCAAGUUAGACAGUCGAGUUGUGGUGCUUUAUGCUGACAUUGCGUUUGAGUACCGCACGGACAGAGAGAGACAGUUCCUGUGGUCGAAGGUGUCCAACCUGCAGCUCGUUUCUUCCAUCAACUCGGGCUGCAGCAACUCAAGGAGUCAGGUUUUGUCCCCAUGUUCGGUUGAACUAACCGAGUCGUUCCAUCAGGAAAGUGAGAUCAUGGACGUAUCGGUCAAACUGACUAAAAUGAACAUCUACUUGUCAGCAGCCAUAGUCCAGCUCUUGUGGGACGUCUACCUCAUGAUACAGAUUCAAGAGCCCCAAUCUGAUUCUACUAAAAAUGAUCCAGCAUCCAGUGAAAGCAAAAACCUGUGGCAUGUUUCAACAGUAACAAACAGCAAAUACCUGAUGGACAGAGUGGACCAUGGUGGUUUGAGCUCUCACCUGAAAGCGCCGCCGACAUACAAAGAGAAACUGAAGAUCGAGAUCGAGGAGCUAAACGCAAUGUUUGCCGUGGAGAACCUCGACGUGCACGUGCCCAUUGUCUGUCUGAGGACGUCGCUCGAGGGACACAUCGCUGACUGGUCUAAUAAGCUGCACAUAGAAGGUGAGUUUCACGUGGAGAUGUUUUACUUCAAUGAGAAGCUGGACGUUUGGGAACCGCUCAUAGAACCAGUCAUGGACAAGGAAGGAGUCUACAGGCCAUGGGAGGUUCUCAUCAAGGUUGUGAGAACAAAAGGAUUUCCGAUGGCGUGUAACUAUAACGACGGUGAACUGGACAUUCCGGACGGUCUGCAGAAUGAGGUUCAGAACCUGAUGCACAAGGCGCGCAUCCGAUCGAGCAGCUCGGAGACGGACUCUGACACGGGGACGGACAUGAUGGUCAUUCGACGCCGGUCGCUACGCAAGUCACGACUCAGCAGGUCUCUGAGUCACCACAGUAGUAUACAGGGUGAGUCAGACUCAGAACCAGACAACUUCAUCCAGAACAUCACCAACAAACUGGGUAGCAUCUUCAGCAGCGACAGCAGCGAUGCUGAUGUCAGCGAGGCAGAGGACACGGAUGACCUCUUUGACACUUCUCUUGACAAACCGGUUUUCAUCACGUCCAGAGGACCAGUCCACAUGUCUGCUGGUGCGCUGGGUGUUGAUGAAACCGAUGGCAUGGUGACUGAAGGUGACGAUGAUGACAUGUCGGGAUCCUGCAUCUACCUCAUCGUCGACUCACAGGAUCAGCUGUUGCUCAAUGUCACGCCGCAGGCAAUCAGCGUAAUCAAAGACGUCAUGCAGGCUUUAGCCACCCCAGCAGACUCUGACUUGUGUGUUGCAAGAAAUCUUCCAGCUUUUGAAGUCAAUAAUGAGCUUGGUGUUCACAUUACAAUGACACUGCAUCCUGAUUGGAAGAUUCGCAAUGACCAUGUUAAGAACUGUACAAUCUUGAAGGCCGGCGAGAACAACCAGAUAAUGAGUUCUGGGAGUGAGGACGACAUUGAGAUUAUCUGUGAUGAAGACUGCACAGAGAAAGACGACACGCCAGACUCGCGAGGGUUUGUGGAGAAGGUAUUGGCUGAUGCUGGUCACAUGUUGGUGAGUGCGGGGGCGUACACCUUUGAUGAUGACGAGGACUACCUGUCUGGAAACAGCCUUGACCUACACCGGCUGAGAGUUCAGGUUGAUGGUUUUGAGCCACUGGCAUCAAUCCUUCACAAAAAGGCAUGUCGCAGAUUGCUCCCCCUGAACCCCAAAAAGUCUGAUGAUAUGGAUUUGGAGAACUGUACCCGCUACUGUUUUGUUCUGGAUAUUGACAUGUGGCAUGGCAGCAAGGUCAUCAAGAUGUUUUCACCCCUGCAGCUCAAGAACAACCUAACACUCGCUGUGGAUGUCUGGUGUAAAACGGAGGACCUCAAGAAGUAUCGAGCAAUGGAGUCUUUAGCUGGCACAGCAGAAUUCUCUAAGUUGACGACAGUUGCUGCACAGGAAGUGUAUUACCUCCCUUUGUUUGUGGCAUUUCAUUGCAAGCUUUAUGUUGCUCCAUCUGACUUAAACUAUGAGCUGACAUACAACCCCCUCUGGUGGCAAGAUUUGGUCCAGGCAAAGGAGAAGAGUAAAUAUUUUAUGUGUCAGUCUCAAAAUGAAGAGAAAAAGUCUUUCAACUUCAAGGUUCUCUGCAAAGAAGGGGCCCAUCUGAAUCCAGCACAGACUGUUCCAAGGACGAUUCCAUAUCACACAAUCUCACUGUAUCCUCCUGUGACCCUGCAUAACUACCUGCCAUAUGAUAUACAGUUUUCUCUAGAGGGUACUGGAUCAUCUAGUAGUCUGACCCAUGGAGAGAACACUCCGCUCUACACUGUCAACCUUCACAAGACCUACAAGCUGCUCAUUUCGAUCAGUGACUAUCUGGGAUGUGACUGGAGAGGAAGUCUGGACAUUUCUUCAGAGUUGGACGAGUUCAAGGCCAUUGCCAUGGAAACUGAUAUAGACAUUGAGAAUGUGAACAAGUAUCUGAGUCUGAGUAUCCAUGCUGACCACUCGCAGGCCCUGGAUUUGUACAUAUACUCCCCGUACUGGAUUGUCAACAAGACUGAGCUCCCCUUGCAAAUCAGGGGCUCUAUCUCAGAUGCUGUGUUCGAGUGUGGUGCUGUCUCCAACCCAGUGCUUUUCAGAUUCAAGAAAUACAAGAAGAAAAAGACUAGAUUGCGGGUGUAUGAGUCAAAGUGGUCCAAGUCGUUUUCGCUCGAUACUGUAGCAAGCAGUGGUGUUGUAGUUUGCCAUGAGAAAGAGAGACAGCAGAAGUACAUGUUCAUGGUUCAGAGCCAGAUGUCCCAUCUCAAGUUAACCAAGAUCAUCACGGUGCUGCCAUUUUUCCUGAUCAUCAACUGUACACGGCAGAAAAUGCGCUUCAUGGAAGAGAACGAAGAGGCUGAUCUCUGGUUUGAUAUCAACAUUGGAGAGUGUAAACCAUUUUGGCCAACCACUGAGUCGUUCAACAUGUACGUUAAGUACGAACAGAGCAUUGUCAUGUCACAGCACUUCCCAUUCAAGAUGCCUCACACCACAGUCCUCAGAAUGCAGCAUGGGACUGCCAUCGGUGUGGAGGUGAGAGGAGGCACAGACUCCCCAAUCACAGUUACGUUCAGGGAUUACAGUGCAGGAGAUGCCCCGGUCCGGGUGGAAAACCUCUGUGAGGAUGUCUUCAUCAAAAUACAUCAGAAGAACCAAAGCCAAGUCACUCUACUGUCAGCCAAUCAGGCGCUACUUUACACCUGGGAUGAGCCAGUGGCCGAGAGAACACUGAUGUGGAAUGUGUAUGGGCGUAAAAAGCCCAGUUAUCCAUGCUUCAUCAAUAAGGAUGGAGCUGGUGAAGUUCGCUUGAGUGUCCGAUCAUUACGAAACAACGGUUCUGUGGAUAUCACCGAUUCUGUAUACAACCCAGACAGUAGCCCAGAUGAUGAAAGUGAUGAGACUGAUGGCCUGUUAAAGAUGUUGGAUGAGAAGGUUCUUGGCAAGAUGCGUACAGACAAGAUGGUCAUCUUCUGGGUGUCGUACCUGGACGGUCUGCAGCGCGUCCUGCUCUUCACACAGGACGAACGCAUCGCCAAGAGUGUCCGCAAGGCCCAUGUGCAGAGCGUAGAUUUUCCGCGACGGAGAGGGGUAUUCGAGAUGAAUGAAGGAGAGCAGACAACUCUGGCUAGCUUUAUCUCCCUUGAUGGACUGACAAUGUCGUGUAUAAACGCUGCGUAUGAGGAGGUGGCCUUGUUCAGCCUGACUAGCAGUCCUACCAUGUGGGAGGUGGAGGUUAACGGGCGAUGGAAAAUCCUCAACGCGGAGUUAGCCAUGUGGUUAGAGGACCAGUGGAAGAACGAGGUUGUCCGUGCAAAUCUACAUGACCAGAUUGAGGCUGAUUUAGUGAAGAUGCAGAUGUCCAAGCCAUUUAUGGGAGCCCUGCGACGGACGUACCACCCAGGUAUGUGGUUCCAGUACCGCCACUCUGAACACCACAUGGCAGUGUUUGCCAAAAUUCAGAGAUUACAGCUUGACAACCAGCUACAAGAUGCCUACUUCCCGACUGUGUUCUGUCCGGCUCCGAUUCCCAGCUACAUCCUCAAGAAGACAGGAACAAAACCUUUCAUAGAGCUAGGCUUCAUGAGGAGAAUGGUUCCAGAAAACAACAUUGACACUAUCAGAUACUGCAAGGUGUUGGUACAGGAGUUUACAAUUCGUCUUGACAAGGGGUUUAUCCUCUCUGUGUAUGACAUCUUUGCCCAACUGCAGCUGAAAGAAGGAGAAAGUUCUCAGCUGCGUUCUGAUUUGCUGAUUGCUCAGAGAACACUGCAGGAAGUAGCUGCAGUUAUGGAAGCUGCCCAUCCAAAGAAAAUGUAUUUUGAAUAUUUUCAUCUAUCUCCACUGAAGAUGCAUGUCAGUUUUUCACUGAAUGGAACCCCACAUGUAGUGAACCAAGGACCAUCAAGUUUUGCUUCAGACAUAAUCGACUUCUUCCUCAAUUCAGUUGGUGCAACACUGACCGAAAUAAAAGACGUAGAACUCAGGAUGGCCUUCUUCCAGAAGAAAGGAUCAAUCCUGACGAUGAACCAGUUAACAGCUGAGAUCCAGGCUCACUACACACAGCAGGCUCUGCAGCAGGCGUACGUGCUCAUACUUGGUCUGGAUGUGCUCGGAAAUCCGUACGGACUUGUCAAGGACUUCACGCAGGGCCUCGGAGACUUCUUCUACGAACCAUUCCUCGGAUCUAUUCAAGGGUCAGAUGAGUUUGCCGAUGGCCUCACUAGAGGAGUGCAGAGUUUGAUGGGGAACACUGUUGGUGGUGCUGCAGGUUCAGUUGCCUUGGUGACAGGAUCUCUAGGAAAUACCUUAGCUGUUUUAUCAUUUGAUGAAGACUACAAACGGAAACGAAGAAGUCGUAUGCAGCAGCAGCCGAGGAACCUGCCAACCACGCUUGUUGUUGCUAGUCGUAACCUUGUGAUGGGAGUCUGUCUCGGCUUCACGGGAAUUGUUCUGGAUCCACUCAAAGGUGCUCAUGAAGAAGGCGUUGAAGGUUUUUUCAAGGGAAUUGGCAAGGGCAUUCUGGGACUUCUGACGAAGCCAACAGGUGGAAUUGUGGACAUGAUAAGCAUGGCUUUUGAUGGAAUCAGAAGAGCUGCUGAGACUGAAAGUGGACUAAUUGUCAGAAUGAGACUUCCACGAUUUAUCAACCCCUCAUUGGGAUUGAGACCGUAUUCACAAUACAGGGCAGCUGGGCUGCGUCUGCUGCAGAGUAUUAGGAAGGGGGAGUACUCUAAGACUGACAUAUACUGGGCUCAUGCCCCGCUCACUAGAGAUGAAAGAGCAGACGUGAUGAUGAUCACAGACAGACACCUGCUGGUUUUGGAGAAGUGUCGUAUCUGGGGAGGCUGGGAUGUUGAAUGGGAAGCCAACAUUGACCAGAUUCUUGGUGUGCCAGCCAUUGUGGAGGACAAACUUGUCUUCAAGGUCAAAAGGGAGGAAUCUAGUUUGAACCUAUUUUCUGGCAGUGAACAAGAGGUGCACAGUCCUGAGCCUGAUGUGUUGCUAUGGAUACAGAAACAAAUAGAAAAUGUCAUUCGAUACAAACAGCAGUGAACUGGGUUAGACUGGAUUUCACUGGAUAAAUGUUUAAUAGAUACAGGUCAUCAAAUAGUCCAAAAAUUAAAAACAAGAGUAGAUCCAGGUGGGGUGUGAUGAAGAUGCACACCCCUACCCCAAACUUCAAAAUGUACUGAAAAUCCAUUAUUUAAUGGAUAAACAUAAAAUGAAUCUAUUUCUUUUUAGUGGGAAAGAUGUGGUCUGCUGGAUAUUUCUGGAGGAAUAUUGCUAUUUAUAAAGCAUCUUGGUGGAUGUUGAAUAACUAUGUGCUCCCUGCAUCCAUCUCUGAAAAGUAAUUUAACAAACCAAUUUCAAAUAUACUGACAAAUAAUGUCAGGUCAUGGAUUAUGUGACAUUUUGUGGUGUUUUGUUUUUGAAUGAUGAUUGUAUAAUGAUCAGACUUAGACAGUGGUGUAAAUACACCUAGCUAUCGUUCAACACAACUGUCACAAGAUUAGCUAUCACAAGAUUAUCAGAUGAUGCUAAUCAAUGAAUAUUUUUAAAGGAAUGAAUAUUGGAGUUAAAAGCAACAAGUGUGGGGCCAUUGAACAAUUAUAUCUUGCUGUAGUCAUGGGAUAGGACGAGGGUGUCGUGGAAUUCAUUACCAAUAAAACAAAAUCAUGCUAGGGUAUGAGGUGUUUGUCUGGAGUUAUGUAAUGUUUUCAAAACUACCGGGUAUGUCUGCUUUAUUCAUAAAGUAUAUGCAGUUAGUCAUAGUCAUUUUAUUCAUUUAUAGACUGAUUUUUUCUUAUUACAUGUACUUCACAGUUAUGAGGUCAUGUUGACUGGUAUUAAGUUAUUGUCAUAGGGUUUUUGUAGUUUUUUUGUUGUUUUUUAAUAAUAUUUUCAUAUACUUAAAAUUUGUGACACCCAAUAGCCGAUGUGUAUUUUUGUGCUGGGGUGUCGUUAAACAUUUAUUCAUUCAUUGUGGGGUUUUUUGGUCGGUGUGUAGGGGUAGCAAUAAAAAAUGUUGAAAAAAAAGUCAGAUUUACAUGUAGUGUAAUAUAAUUGUUAAAUGACCCCAGCAAUUUAUGAUUAGUUUUGAAUGUGAUUUUAUUGAAUUUGUGAUUGCGUUUUCUUCUGUUGUCAAAAGACAACAAAAUAUCUAUAAUUUAAUUCUACACAAUAACUGUUACGGAAUACAACUACCAAUGAUUGAGUGAAGACCGAUACUAAAUAAUGAGAAAUGCAGUUUGUGAUUAGUAUAGAAUGACUGAGAUAUAUUUUUAUUGUAAGAUGGUGUGUGGUUCAUGGGUAGUGCGUGUUCAGGUUAAACAUUUGACAGUAGGCUGGGACUUUGCCAAGCAUGUUGCAAUGUAUUCAGUGUUGAAUAUGAUGGAAUUUUUGUUGAUUAAGAAUGGAUGGCAAUUGUUUUUAUUUGCAUUCAGCAUAUUUAUGUGAUAUUUAAUUUUAUUUUUGCCUAUUUAUGAACAAUUGUUAUUGCAUAUUUUAGAAAAAUGUAUAUAAAUGUUUAUUGCACGUUUAAGAAAAAUGCACUGUAACAUAUAUUUGAUAUUGUUUAUUGGGAUCUCAUCAUUAUAUAAUUAUUAUUAUUAUUAAUUGUUACAUAUACAUUUAGUUUUUAGAAUUUUAUAUUAUUCUGUUAAAUUAUCUAUCUUAAAGUUGAUGUAAUAUAACACUAAAAUGACAGAUUGAAAUUAGCCCAACCAUAUCAUGCUGCACAAUUUUCCAAACCUUACUGUUGUAAUUCGUAAGACAAUCAAGCUCUCCCAAUGCCAUACAGCUACAUACAGUUUCAAUCCAUAAUGGAAACUUGAACGGCAAAGCUGUAUAAAUGCUUCUAUUUAAAAUUUGCUUAAAUAGAACUACAGACUUUUUAUAGAAAAGUAAAACAAAGAUCAUUAUGAAUGUAUCAAAUUUUACAAAACAACAAAAUUCAUUGAAUCUAGAACAAACAUUUUGAGUAGGCAUACAAUAAAAUGUGUCAGUGUCACAUUUUACACAGUUUUACUCAUUUAUGUUUUUAAAUAAACUUUUAUUAGUGAACUUUAUAUUCCGGUCAACAUAGACAGUCUUAAGAAUACUCUUUAUAAUAAAGUUGUUUAUUUUAAAUUUAUUUAUACAUUACAUUGUUACAAUACUUCAAUUUGUCUUUGUGGGUUUUGGCAAUAUUUUUCUGUUUUUGUCUUUGUCUUAAUAAUUUUUCUUCUACAUUUUAUGUAGUACAGUUUUAAUUUUUAUUUAUAUAAAAUUACAGCAUAAUAAAUGUAUUUGAUAGGUUGUAACUUACAAGUACCUUCAUCUGUAUAUUUACAACCGUAAAUAAAAUGUGUUGAGUGCGUCGUUAAAUAAACCAUUUCCUUCCUUCCUGUAUAUUUACAAUUUAAUGAUUUUAUUUGUGGGUGUUGUAAAUACAGACAUAUGUGUGGAUGUUAUGUUAUUUUAUAAUUGUUCUCAUAAUAAUCUGUAUAUGUUAUAAUGGUGAAAACAUCCCAGCCUCAGUGAUGUAAUGGUUAUAAAGCCAUUGGCAUUAAGGCGUGUAGUUACUGCGUUCACUUCACAUUUCAUUUCAACUUAUUUUCAUGCUUGUAUCCAAUUAAGGUUCAAGCAUACUGUCCUGGGCACACCUCGGCCAUCUAGCCUGUCUGUCCAGGUUGGUUAGUGGCUAGUGAAAGAGAAGAGAGUGUAGUGGCCUUACACAUACCCAUUAAGCCCUUAAGAACUCGCUCUGGGUUGGAGCCAGUACUGGGCUGCGAACCCUGUACCUACCAGCCUGUAGUCCAAUGGCUUAACCACUGUGUCACCGAGGCCGGUGGUUCACUUUACACUUCUGGCUCCAACAAAGAGGAAGUUUUAAAGUCUCAGUGUAUGGCAAGUGUAAGACCACUACUCUGACUUCUCUCUCAUUAAUAACCAUCAACCUGUCCUGGUCACACAACCCAUAUAGCUGAUAUGUGUGUCCAGGAUAACAAGCUUGAACCUGAAGUGGAAAAAAGCAUGAAAAUAUACUAAUACAGUUCCUGUGCUAUAAAUAUAAGGGUCUCAAACAGCUGUAAAGUUUGUAAAUUAUUGAAAUUUGAGACUCAUGUGGAUACGCCAUACAUGCAGUUAUGCAAAUCAUGUCUUAAAGUUUACAAAAGACCAAUAAAUAAUUUUAAAAAACCCACUUUGAUUCUUCCUUGUUAAGCAAUAUAUGCACAGAAUUUUUUUUCCAUGAGUAUAAAUAUAUUGUAAAUACAAAGUCACAAGUACUGGGGUAAUCUACGUUUGAUAUGCAGCUGCAUAAAAAUGCAUGAUUGUUUUUUUAAAGAAGUCUGCUUAAUAUAAGUCAUGGAUGAUUUGGGAGAACACAUGGUCUCUUAAGACAAGUGGCUGCUCAAUACAGGCAAGUUUCAUUUUGUUAGAUGAUUUGGAAGAACAGUGUCCAUUUUACACAGGUUAAUUUUAUUUUCAAUUAUUUUGGAGAACAGUUACCUGUUUAGGCAGGUGGCAGCUUUAAACAGUAGCUGCUUAAUGCAGGUUUGACUGGUGAGCAUUAUAACAUUUGCAUAUUUACAACAUUUAGAGGUACACGAGUAUGAUCCUUACCAUAUCUGGAAGAUAUCAUUUACAUUCCAAAAUGGGAAAUAUGCUUUUAUAUAGGUCUAGAUUAUGUAUUUGUUUUGUUGUUAUUUAACUACCGUAUGUUCUGUAAGAGAAAAUGUUCAGAUGUUGUCUGUGUGGUGAAAUGUGUUUAUUAUUUGCCCAUGUGUAUGAAUAUAGACUGUGAAAUAUCUGUGAUAGUAGAAUGUUAUAACUGUUUUAAUCCUCACAAUUUUACUCAAUUUAUAGAAUAUAGUGCACAACACCACAAACUAAACUUUUUUUUUUUUUUUCUUUUUCUUUUUUUUUGUAGGGUGUUUAUGGUUUCUUAAUAAGAUUAUAUUAAAGGUAAAACAAUCUUUUCAUGUAUAUUUUCCAAUAUUAGAAUGUCUUUAUUUCAAAACAAAGUUUAAAUACUUUAAUAUUUUUCAUUUCAUUACCUAUGGUUAAUAAUUGUUGAUGUUUAUUAUGCACUCCACACAAUAUUUGUUGUCCUAGUAAUUUCUCAACCCACAUGCAAGGUGAAUUGUACAAAAAAUAAUGUAUAUUCAUGAAAUUGACCUAUAUCAAUUACAUAUUGGUCAUAUCCUAUUAUUGUUAAUUUUUAAUAACUUAUAUGAUAAUGUUGAUAUCACCAAUAUAUCUACACAAACAUACAUGUACACAUUAUAAAUAUCCAUCUGGUCCUGUGGUUGUUUAUUAAAUGUUUUGUCUUCUACUAUUAAAA